AUACUUUCUCGUCAUUUACCAACGACAAACGUCAAACAGCUGAGCGAGGUGAUUGACUGCUUUCCGUUGUGAGACAUGUUCUCAUAAUUCUUUUAUAUAAAAUUGUUUAGAAUAAAAUUUUAUAAAAUAUUCAUCAAGACGAUUAUUGCAUAAGGUACAAAGUUAGUUCCAGGAUGAGUGAACUGAGCCAAGCGGAGUUGAGGAGACGUCGGUUAGAGAGACUUGCUGCCCUAAGUGGCACUGUUUCGAGCCCGUCGCCUGCGAGCCCACCAGUCACCCCAGGGGCGUCAGUGCCCUCGCCAGAUGUCAACCCUACCCGAGUUCCAAUAUCCCGUUUGUCUCCUGCGCCCAGUCCUCGUAGCUCCACAGAACCAACUACACCCGAUGCCACUAACACAAACCAAAAUACAAAUUAUUCAGAUGGAGAUAGUAACAGUGAAGUCACCAAUCAAAAUAAAAUACCGUCUGAUGGGAUAAUAGUAACUGAAAAAGCUGACAAUAAUUUGUUAGAUGAAAUGGCUGACACAAAAAUGACAGACUUGUCACAAACUAGACAAUACAAUAGCUUUGACUCAAUGGGUGAUGACACAUUGUUGAGUUGUGGCUCAGUGGGAGCUCGGUUGAACAACUUACCACAGUCAGUGGGUGGGUCAGAAGGAACUUCUGCAAGAGAGGAUAGUACUUCAGGUUCAAUAUUUCCAUCACAGUUUGUUGAACCCUCUCCUGUGCGACCUAGAUCUAGCAAUGUAUCACCCAGUUGCUCACGGCGAUCUUUAUCCAUGGAAGUUGAUGACACAUCAGAAAGAAACUCACAGUCUGAACAACAACAGGAACCAAUGGAGGUGGAAGAUGACUCAUCUGCAUCACCUGCACGAAAAAUAUACAGGGCACGGACAGUAAGCAGCACAGAGUUGACAGAGGAUCAGCUGCGGCAAAUUGUUGCUAAGAUCCUGCAAGUUUCUUGGUCAGAGGACAGUGCUGGUGGAAUUUUCGUGCCAACAGUAGCAGCUGCUUUACUUGACGACCCUAAAUUAAGUUUAGAUGAGAUAGCAUCCCAUGCCAUAAUGGACAUUAUUUUUCAAAUAACAGAUGGAUUGGAUCCCUUAAACCAAAAACUUAUCGCCCUUUCGGAAACGUCAAAAAGGCUUAGUGACGAUUGUGAUGAUGACACCUUGACGAACGGUCCCCUUGGGUCUGAAACUGAUGUCGAAAAGUCAGAGUGCCCUACCCCAGCUUUACCUAAAAUCCCCAAAACUAUGCCAAAACAGGGCCUAGCCGUCAGCUACAUAUUAAGAUUUUAUAAUAACAUAAAUAUGUAUGAAAGAGAAUAUCCAAAGAAAAGUUCCGAGCCACCUUUGAGUGAUCUAUUACAAAAUCUGAGAACUUUACUCGUGAAUCAUUUGGUGCUAGUGCUACGCGGGUCUUUUGAACUAGAAAAGUGCCAGAAAUCUCCCCUUCUUCCCUACAUUCUCAUCGGUAAUACGCCGACGGGUCUCGUUCCAGAAUUAGUGAUCGCUACGUAUUCGGACACAGAAGUAUUUGAAGAGGUGUUCACGGCGCUGCUGAUGGGCGUGCGCGAGGAGAUGCGGCGGCGCGUGUCGCCGACGACGGGUCGCGGGUACGGCGCGGCACUCCGCGCGCUGCGGGCGCUGUGCGAGCUGCGGGCACGCGGCCGCCGCCCGCUCGCCGCGCUGCUGGCGCGCCUGCCCUCGCUGUGCCCCGCGUCCGUCACCACCGCGCCCGGCCGCGAGCUGGCGCGCGUCAGCUUCCUGGGCCCCUUCCUUGCGAUAUCUCUGUUUGCGGAGGAGAAUCCACGACUCGCAGAGCGUCUAUUCGCAACUGGCUCUGGCGACCGAAGUCUCGCGUUCGCCUUGCAGCGUGAGGUAGAAGCGAGCCGCAAUACGCUACACAACAUCUGCCACAAUAUUCUCCUGUGUCCCGACGCCAGGGAACCUCUGCUGAACUAUUUCGCAGCACUCUUACAAAGGAAUGAACGUAGAGCACAACUGCAGACAGACGAAAGAUCGUUAGCCGGAGACGGGUUCAUGUUGAACGUGUGCUCAGUACUGCAGUUGUUGUCGGUGCGCAUCAAGUUGGAGCGCGUGUACCCCCUGUAUGCCUUCCAGCCAGGUUCAUGGGUCAACGUCAAGGACGACACUCGUCUCUACUUCACCACGCAAGAGGCACAGGACUGGCUCGAUUCCCUCAAUAAUGACCCGAGUCACAAAUGGCCAGAAGCGAAGUUCCAAACAAUCUGCUGGUUCCUGACGCUCCACAUGCAUCAUGUUGCUCUCAUCCCUGCACUUCACACUCAUCAGCGUCGUAUACGGGCUUUCCGUGACCUGCAGAAGGUGAUGGAGGAACUGGUGGCUGCGGAGCCCCAGUGGCGUAACAGUAUAUCUGCUUUCCGCAAUAGAGAACUGCUUCGUAGAUGGCGUCGACAAAUUAAAAGACUACACAGGUCGAAGCAGUGCGCAGAGACGGCCCUUCUGGACGGCGAGCUGAUGCGGCGCAGCUUACAGUUCUACGCGUCGGUGUGCGAGCUGCUGGUGCAGCAGCUGGCGGCGGCCGCGCCCGCCUCCCCCGCCUCCCCCGCCGCGCCCGCGGAGCCCCCGCCCGCGUCGCUCGCCUUCCGCGCCCUGCCCGAGUGGUACGUCGAGGAUAUCGCCGAAUUCAUGCUCUUCGCUGUGCAGUAUGUGCCCCAGAUAGUAGCCGAUUAUAUUGAGGACCCAAUAAUAACGUGGUUGUUGAACGCAAUCUGCCAUUCUCACCUCAUCAAGAACCCUUAUCUCAUUGCUAAGAUAGUUGAGGUGUUGUUCGUCAUCAACCUAUCUGUACCCCUUAAACUGAAAAAUGUCUAUGAGAAAUUCAUGGACCAUCCAUUAUCACAGACCGCUCUGCCAAGCGCUCUGAUGAAGUUCUACACGGAUAUAGAGACGACCGGACAAAGCACUGAAUUCUAUGAUAAAUUUACUAUACGAUUCCACAUCAGCAUUAUAUUGAAGGGCAUGUGGGAGAGACCCAUUCAUAAACAGGCAAUUGUAAAGGAGUCACGUUCGGGUCGUCAAUUCGUCAAAUUCAUUAAUAUGCUUAUGAAUGACACCACGUUUUUACUAGAUGAAUGUCUCACGUACCUGAAGCGCAUCCACGAGGCUCAGGAAGCAGCGACCAGCUCAGGCGGCGACGCUCGGGCGCGAGCGCUGGCUCAGGACGAGCGACAGUGCCGUAAUUACCUCAUGUGCAGAGAGACAGUGGACAUGUUGGAAUACUUGACUGUGGAGAUCAAGGAGCCAUUUCUGCGCGCUGAGCUCGUGGACCGUCUCGCCUCCAUGCUCAAUUUCAACCUUCAACAACUGUGUGGACCUAAAUGUAAAAACCUGAAGGUGAGACGGCCUGAGAAAUACGGGUGGGAGCCGCGACGGCUACUGAGCCAGCUCGUGGAUAUUUACCUGCACCUCGACUCGCCGCAAUUCCAUGCCGCCCUCGCCGCCGACGAGAGAUCAUUCCGCAAAGAACUAUUUGAAGAAGCAGCAGUACGAUUGGCAAAGUCUUGCAUCAAGACUACCACAGAGAUAGAGCGCUUCAAGGCACUGGCUGACAAUGCAUAUCAAAUUGCUGUAUCAAAUCAACAGAAAAGUGACGAAUAUGCUGAUGCUCCUGAAGAGUUCCGGGAUCCACUUAUGGAUACACUUAUGACUGAUCCUGUGUUACUACCGUCCGGCAAGGUAAUGGAUCGGUCCGUGAUACUGCGCCACUUACUCAACAGUGCUACCGAUCCCUUUAACCGACAGCCACUUACCGAGGAUCAGUUGCGUCCAGCAACGGAACUCAAAGAGAAAAUCAGUCAAUGGCAACGUGAAAAAAAGGCAUCAUAAGCACUCGAUGCCAACAUUAAAGUCUGAUGUAUAUAACAUAAUACACAUAUAUAAAGACUCCGCCUGGAUAUUUCCAGCAUUCGAUGGACUAUUGUCCACGCAUGAAUGUGAGAUUAUAUUAAGUAUGAUUAUAAUUAGUGUGUGUACUGUGCACAUGAAACAAAAAUAAUGGUAAUUGUGAUCAAUUGGCUACUCGAGAAUAUGAUAAACUUGUAUUAUUCGGUAUGUUAAUAACAGUGCCGUAAAUUAAAGUCGUCUACCACUCCCGGUACGCUAUAAUAUUGCAUUGUAUAUGAAUACAUCUAUUUUUCUUUGUAGUACACAUUUCCAAAAA